GGCCGGCUGGCUGGCUGGGUGGGUGCGGUCCGUCCGGCUCCCCGCCUCCUCCCAUCCGCGCUUUGACUCCCUCAGGGAGCUGCUGCAGGAGCUGGGUGCGGGGGCUGCUCUCGUGUCUAUUCAAGCAGCAAGGCCCACUUUUCACUAGAGCGCUGUCACCGGCAGUGGGUGUUAACGCUGUGGGUCAGGGCUAAAGAUGCUUAGGUGCUGUCCAUGUCCAUGUCGAGCUGAAUAGCCAAAGCUAAUGUUACUGGAGGUAUGGGUAUGCUCUGCUGCAACAACCGCACCCUUUUGGCAUGGAGUUUAUAUCUAAAGUGGGGUGGGUGGAUCAUUUGACUGUUUCUACUGUUGAAGUUUUGCCAGUGGACAAAAAAUAAUUUCAAAGAAAUGGGUUGUUUUCAGUGUUUGCGACUUUCUAUGUACAUGUGCUUUAUGUGGGUGAGUGCAAAACUCAAGUUGAUUUUAAACAAUACAUAUGGCCUAAAUUCUUAAGGCAGUCCAGAUGUUUCACCCAUUAUCUGAGUAAUGCACACCAACUGACUGCAGCUCAGAGUUAACCUCUAGUGGAGCAGGACAUGGCAGCUUGGACUCUGUGCUUGGCGUGGUUUUCACUCCCUUAGGUCACACGCACAAUGCUUGGAGUGGUUCUUACAUUCAACAAAUAAAGUCACUAAAAUUUACUGGUUUUGGGUUUUUUACUCCUGAAUAUUUCUUCUUUAUGUAAUGCAAGUUUAAUAUGAAGAUCUCUUUCUGUCCCUAAGAGGAAAAUGUACAUAUUUAUAUACACAAUAGAGUGCUUACUAUUGCAGUACACUUUUAGAGCAAUACUGGAUAUUACAAAUCCUCUUUGCAGUUUGUUUUUCCUUUUAUUAUGUGUUUAUAAGGGUUUCUAAAACUCUUAUUUUAUUAAAGAUUUAUAAACCCCUUUUAUUGCACCUACAUAGGAUGAUCCCCUUAUUCUUUAAAAGAGUUGAGGAAAAAACCCUGGAUAGCAUUAUAUGCCCAUCUUUACUCCGAUCUAUGCCUUGCAAUGACAGCAUAUCCUCCAGGUCACAGCACUCGUUGCAAACACAGAAAUUUACUGUUUGCAAGCUCAACUUUGCAUAGAAGAGCAUUUGCUCUUCCCCCAGCUCCCUCACAGUUUUAGGGAGAUUUUUGAGUCUUUCCUCUUUUGCUCUAAACAUCACAGACAAAUCAUGUUCUCCAAUUAGUGCUGAUAUUGGUGUUUAUUUCUCUAAGUAAACAAAGCACAAUGUUGGGAGUUUCUUACUUUGUUGGAAAUCCAUCCUUCUUAGUUACUUUUUUUGUUAGAGAGUCCUCAUGAUUUCUAUCUGUCUGUUUGUCUGUCUGUGUCUCCUUCUCUCUCUAUCCUCAAAUUACAUUCAAUACAAUUCCAGUAUAGGAGUUCUUGAAAAAUCCCUUGCUUGGUUUCCAUCCAGAAGAGAUUUGAAUGCAACUCAUCCAGCCUUGCUGUUGCACAAGACUGACAUGGAUGUUUUGAAGUUGGAUUGUCAGUGGAAACAAGCUGGAACUAUGCAAGAGGGGAAUGAAUCUUACUCUGAAAAAUGCCCCUUUGGCACUGAUGAGGUUAUAGCUGGAUUUAUGUUUUAAGUCUUGUUCUGAAUUUUAUAUCUUUGAGGACUUUUUCUUAGAUAUUUGCUGAAGGACUAGUUACUGUUUGUUUUUGGUUUUUUUUUGGUUUUUGUUUUGUUUUGUUUUCUUUUCUUUCUGAAGCAAUUAAGUGGAUUGUCAAGUUGUCUUGGAAAAAAGCCCACAAUAACUCAUCAGAAGAUGUUUCACAUUUUUCAGUAUCAGCCUUUAAGACUAAUAACCCAAAACAGUCUUUCUAGCAUGUGUUUAAAACUGAUGCUUUCAAGACCUGUUGCAUUUGCACAGAUAUGGAAGUCAUGGUUAUCAAGUCAUUCUCUUCUUGGAAAGAAAAAUAUUAUCCUGAUGGGACCUCCAGGUGCUGGGAAAACAACGACUGGGAGAAUAGUGGGCCAGAAACUGGAUUGCCCUGUCAUAGACAUAGAUGAUGAUGUUCUUGAAACAACCUGGAAUAUGAGUGUGUCAGAAAAACUGCAGGACGUUGGUUAUGAGGAAUUUUUAGAGGAAGAAGGAAAAGCCCUGUUGAAGUUCUCGGCAUCUGGAAGUGUAAUUUCCCUCAGUGGGUCCAAUCCAAUGCAUGCUGCUGGCAUGCAGCAUAUAAAGAAAAAUGGAAUAGUUGUGUAUCUGGAUGUGCCCACAACAGUCAUUAUGAGGAGGCUGAAAUCAAAGCAAAUGGAUCGUAUCGUGGGCCUUUCUCCUGGUAUUUCUCUCAAAGACAUACUUCAGUUUAGGAAGCAGUUCUACAAGAGGUGGUUUGACAUCCGUGUUCUUUGUGGAGGGGAUGUUGCAGCAGAGGUUGUAGCAGAAAAGGUACUUGAUGCUGUGAAGAGAUACCAAGACUCAGAACUGGAAACUUUCAUUUCAACGAGGUCUAGUAGUACUGCAAGGAGUACAGAAGAAGACUCUCACAAAUUAUAUUUCAGUGAUGUUGUUAUUCAGGGCUUAGCCCUUGAUGGAGGACUCUUUGUUCCUGAGAGAGGGCUUCCAAAAUUCACUGCUGAAGAAUGGCAAGGUCUGAUAGAAGCAACUUACAUUGAAAGAGCCCAGGUGAUACUAGAAAAAUGCAUACAUCCUGCUGAUAUUCCUGCUUCUAAGCUGGCAGAAAUUAUUGAAACUGCUUAUGGAGAAAACUUUAGUUGUUCUAAAGUUGCCCCAGUUAGGCAUCUGGCAGGUAAUCAGUUCCUUCUUGAGUUAUUUCAUGGACCAACAGCAUCAUUUAAAGAUUUUGCAUUACAGUUGAUGCCACAUUUGUUUGCCUACUGCAUCCCCAGAAGCUGCAAUUACUUAAUUCUGGUAGCUACUUCUGGGGACACAGGGAGUGCUGUUCUAGAUGGCUUUAGUCGUCUCCGUGAUGCUGAUAAACAGAGAAUUGCUCUGGUGAAUUUUUUCCCUGAGGAUGGAGUAAGCCCAAUUCAAAAAUCACAAAUGAUUGGUUGUCAGAAGGAAAAUGCUUGGUCAGUGGGUGUCAAAUCAGAUUUUGAUUUUUGCCAGACAGCUAUAAAGCAAAUCUUUACUAAUUCUGAUUUUACUGGCUUUCUUACAGUAGAAUAUGGAACAGCUUUAGCUGCAGCAAACUCCAUAAACUGGGCACGACUGCUUCCUCAGAUAGUUUAUCAUGCCUCUGCAUACCUUGAUCUCAUUCAUCAAGGUAUUAUUUCUUUUGGAAGUCCUGUAGAUAUUUGUAUUCCUACAGGAAACUUUGGCAACAUGUUAGCUGCUUUCUAUGCUAAAAUGAUGGGAAUUCCUAUUAGGAAAUGUAUUUGUGCUUCCAAUGAAAACAAUGUUUUGACUGAAUUCAUAAGAACAGGUGUUUAUGACUUGAGGGGAAGAAAAUUAAUUUCCAGUUUUUCACCGGCAGUAGAUAUUUUGAAGUCCUCCAAUCUUGAGCGAUACUUACACCUGAUUGGUAAUGAAGACGGACAACUGGUGACACAAUUAUUUAAUCAGCUGGAAAAUCAGGGCCACUUCCAGCUGCAGAAAGAUCUACUUGGAAAGCUUCAGCAGGACUUAGUGGCUGGCUGGUGCUCUGAUGAGGACUGUCUGGCUGCUAUUCACUCUGUGUACAGUACUACAGGAUAUAUUUUGGAUACACACACAGCUGUUGCUAAAGUAGUUGCUGAUCGAUUACAAGAUAGAACUUGUCCAAUUAUUAUUUCAUCUACAGCUCAUUAUUCUAAGUUUGCACCUGCUAUCUUAAGGGCCUUGAGGAUUGCAGAAAUAAAUCAGAAUCCAUUAAGUCAGCUUCACUUGCUGAGUUCUUACAGCGCUCUGCCUCCAAUCCACUGGGGCCUAUUGGAGACCCUGAAGAAGACAGGAAAUGGGGAUCACCAGGUCUGUGCUGCUGAUAUAAGUGUGCUGAUGUCUCAUAUAGAAACCUUAAUUCAAAAUCAUUUCAUGAAAGUUUUUUGAGCAACGCAUCCAAUGUCCGCAAUUGCAAUAAGUUCUUAACAAGCUGCAUGCUUUACUAAAGCCAUCAUUCAUCAGUUCACAGCAUAUCUCACAGUUUUAUAUUCAGUUGUCAAGCUUUCAACAGUAUUUGUAAGUAACAUGUGUGAGAUUUCUAGUGGUGGUGAAAGGAUGUGAAUUGAGAGUGUAAAAAACUGGAAUACCGCUUUGCAAAUCAUACAGUAGAGAUGCCAGCACUGCUGGCUUUCCUUGGCAGUGCUGUUUCCUUCACAAGCCUGAAGCAUCCUCAACAAAAGGAGACAGUGAAUUCUGACCUUUCUGGAACUAAUAGCUCUGGUUUUGUUCCAACAAUGAUGUGAACCUUUGGUCAGUGGAUGUUUAAUUAAACUUUAAAUCAUUUCACUUAGGGCAGUGAAACAUAAUAAUAUACUGGUGUUCAUAUGUUAGUAAUGAGGGUUGAUUUCACUACAAAGAUUAAAAUGUCCUUGUAUUGUUAAUCCUUGAACCAUUUAAUUUUUUGAUAUAUUACCUUCUUGUAUAAUGUUUUUUAUGUAUUGUGUUGCCAGUGUCUAAGUAAAAAAAAAAAAUCUAGUCAUUUUAACACCCUUUUCCCCCAAAAUAUUUUCCUGUGUCAAACAAAAUACCUAUUUGAAUAUUUUCAAUAUAUUUGAGGUGUGACUCUUCCUCCAGUGUCUUGUAGUCUCUUUUUUAGAUGGUUUUUAUUUGAACUUUCAAAUUUAGAAUCCUUUUUAGUACUAUAGAAGAAUCUGAUAGUGGUAACAGCUGUCUUCUUAAAUAAGAACCAGACUUCACCAUUUAUUUACCUAUAUUUUUUGUUUUAUCUUUGAGAUCAUAUAGCUUUUCUUGUUCUAAUUACUUAUGUUUUCAUAUUUUUCUUAAGUUCAUUUCCUUGAUGUUAUAUUCUAUUCAUGCUUUGCAUGAAUUAAUGUAAGAAAGAAGCUUCCCGAAUUACUUGGCAUCUCAUCAAGGCAAGUGAAAGAUGAAUUCCAGUGUGAUAGCAUCAGAAGUGUUCAUUAUGUAACCCAAAAUACAUUUGUGUGGUUUUCCUAAUGACAGGCUCUUUGGUGUUGUUUUUUUUUUUUUUUCUGAAGAAAAAUUAGACUGGAUUGUCCUAGGAGAUCAUGUGGUUAUGGACAAAUGUAUUCUGCUAAUUGAAGAUUAUAUUUUGCAAGGACAUAAACUACAUUUCAUACUAUGAGAAAUGGUAAAAUGAUAUAUUGAAAGGUUUGAAUGGCAUGCAGUUAUAGAGCUAAGAUUGUCUUAAGAUGUAAGGACAUAUAGCUAUGAGAAGUUGUGUUUCCUACUAAGAUUCAAAUAAUCUGGUAAUUUAUAACAUUUUUUUGCCUCUUCAAUAGGCAACAUUUCCUACAUGUCAAGACUCACUUGAGGCUUUGAACUGUUGUUGUAUCCAACAGCUUCCUCUGUGUGCCUGCUUGUACUUUUUGUCACACUAGAAGUGACCAAGUCACCAUCUAGCAAAUCAUCUAGCAAACUCUUUUAAAGAACUGUAAUUUCUUCCAGCAUAAGGUAAAAGUCCCAAGCACGAUGUGCCUUUGCCACAGUGAAUAUAUAUACAGUAUCACUAAGUGUAGCUGAGAACAUGGGUUUGACACAGUAGCUUUCUAGAUUCCUCCAUUUUUAGAUGCAUUUUUAGGACCUUUCUAGUUCUUUGCUCAAACCUUAUUCACUAUUUCUGCAGUAACUUUGGAAAACAACUUUUUAUUUUUAUCAAAUUGUGAACAGACCAGGUUGGAAGUGACCUAAAAACAUCGUCUGGGCCAACCUUUUGUGACAAGUUGAGCCUAGAUGAGAUUAUCUAGCACCCUCUAUGGUUAUAUUUUAAAAACUUACAGCAAUGGAGACCUUUCUGCAUCCUUGGGGAUAUUGUUCAAGUGACUGAGUGUUCUCACUGUAAAAAUUUCUCUCUUGUACCAAAAUGAGCAUUCUCCUGGUGCAGAUUCCCCCUUGUUAUCUCCAUAUGACUCCUUGUGAAUAGAGAGCUUCCAAUCUCUUCCUAACCACCACUGAUGUAUUGGACAACUGUGCUGAAGUGCCCACUAAGCCUCCUGUAGUAUGAAAAUAUCUAACUCAUUCAGCAUCCUCAUAGGGCGGGGGAAUUUUCAUCAUUUUCCAUAUACAACCUGGGAAAGACCAUGAUUAAAUAAUUUUUAAAAAAAGCAAGUCCUGUAAGAAAAAGUUGCAUAAGCAUAUUGCAAAGAAAGAAGCACUGUUUUUAUCAGUGUUAAGUCAGCAUCCACCUUGUAUUUCUGUAUGUUUCAAUAUGAUUCUUACAGUAAUUCCAAGUGGAAAAAUGUAAUGCUUUCUCUGGACGUGCUCAGUGCAAAACCAGAAUUCUAAAUCUUGAAAAUAAAAACCCAAAACCAAACAAACCAAACUGCUUGGAUUGAAGUACUGGGACAGGGCUUUGUUUCAGCAUAAGGACUCAGUGGAAAUCCUGCAGUACUUGGUUCCAUGGGGCUUAAUGCAUCACAGGGCAGUUUGUCGCAAAGUGUUACAAUACUUUAUAGAAAUAUCUUCAAAAAAGAACUUGUUUUUGUAGAAAGUACCUGAAAGGGAAGAGCUGAGAUUCUAAACAAGAUUUAGUCUUAUCUUAAAACUUAUUCUAAACAAGAUUCUAGUCUUAUUUUAAACAAGAUAAGACUAGAAGCCAAUAUCCUACCCUCAGAUAACUCGGUGUUAGAUAAACUAGUCAGAACUAAACUAGCAGGGGAUUUAUUUUGGCAUCACUAAAUUAUUUUAUAGUUCGUGGCAGUAACCCAAGCAUUGUUUGAAUUUCUAGUUGCUGUUUUCCUAUCACAUGACCCAUUAUAGCAGUUGAUAUAAACUAAGCAAGUAAAAAAAUAAGCACUUGUACUUAGGUAAGGGCUUUUAAUGUGGACUUACAGUGUCUAAGGGCAGUGGUUAAUGAGCACACAUAAUAUUAAUAGAUUUCUCAGAAUGUAAAGGCUUUUACAAUAUAGUAUUUACUAAUUUUCAAAAAUAGUUAAUUUUUGGAUUUUCUUAACUUCAAUAAACUGUUUUCCUGCACUACAUCUGCUUGUGGAUCCUAGUAAUGAACAUUUUAAAAUGCUGCAGUAGUGUUGUGAUCCUGGAUGUACACAGUAUUUGUGAGCUGAUGCUAAUGCAGUGUUCUGGUAGCUGUGGUGUAGCUUUCUGUCCUGCAGGGCCUGUAGCAAAGGAAAAAAAAUUUCCAGCAUGCUCAGAAUAGCUGGCUGUGGGUACAUAGGAUAAUGAGGGAAGCAAUCCUCCUUUCUUCCUAGCCCAGAUUUUCUUAGUGUCAGUGAUACACUGUCGCUCAGCAAAUCUUGUGCUACUGUUAUGGUCCUUGUUUUCCCCACUGUCAGUAUUAUGAAAGAUUCGAAAGGCAUUAAAGACUGGGCAUAAGUGCCCUUUUUUUUGGUUUUGUGUGUUCAGUGUGCAGACACUGCACACUGAAUGCUGUCAUACAUUAUUUUCUAUUAACUUCUUCAGGCAAAGUAGUGUGCCAGUGGUACAUAAAAGCAAAUCUAUAUUGUGCUGGUUAGCAGUAUUUAAGCCAUUUAGGUUUGCUGAUACACAGUUUGCUCCUAUUUGUCUAGCAGAAUCAAUUAAUAAAAUCCAGGUUGACAGAACAUAUGAGCGUGCAGGUCUACACAUUUCCACUCCCUUUGUUGACCCAGAGUAAUAGCAUGGCUUUAGUUAAGCUGUUACUUUCUGUAUAGAUAAAUCUUUGCUGAACACUUCCUACUACCUGAAAAACCUCAGGGACAAAUUUAACAAAUGUAAGGAGAAAUACAACAUCUAUAUUUACACUUUAUAUUAUAAGAAUAUUUAUGUGGGAAAUACUAUAUUUUCUUUACAGAUGUACCAGGUGCUCAUCACUUGCCUUUAGUCACAGCUCUUCUUCUCAGGGGGGAGACAUGUGAAGGAUGAAUAGAACAUCAGAAGAUAAUUCUGUUUUCUUAGUAUUUUAUUAUAUAAAAAGAAUUGCUGUUUACAGUUUUGAGGUGAUGAAAUAUUUUAUCUGAUGGAACUCUACAGGGACGAUUCUUGUUGUUCAAAAGCUUUGCUUUCAAGGACUUCAAGAACAGAUAUUGCUAUUAAGUAUAUCAUAUUUGGCAUACCUGGAAUACACAUUACUCAUUUGUAUCCACUGUGUUUUUUUCUAAAUAAACACUGCAGGAUUUAUAUAGCACUGUAGCACUUUCUUUGCAAAUAUGUUUGUGAAUUCUUAACAAUCUGCUAUAAAGAAAAUCCACUAAAAGUAGUGGUUUCAGAGUCAUUUAAGAUAUUCUUAAGUCUUGAAAUAUGUGUUCCAUCCUGUGUUUCCUUGAAAGUUAGGGGUAUGGUUAGUGAUAAUACAGUCAUUCACUUUGCUGAGACUAAGAUUUUAGUGAGAUAAUGUGCAUCACUGGAAGGAAGUAUGUAUAAAAGAGAAAGCACAGAUCAAAAAUAGCAAAUGUCUAAAUACUCUGUUUGCAUUGCACCACAUACUUGUCCAGCGCUACACGGAAAGCCUGUAUUCUGAGGAUUAGUAUGGAAAAGUAAAUCUCUGACAGUUUAAUGUUCCUUAUUCCUGUCUAGUUCAGUGGAGAGAUUGUCUGUUAGUUGAUGUGGAGCAACUUUGGUACACUUCUAAUAUCAUUUCAGGAUCAUGGGCUUAAAAAUUACUUGAAUGGUUGAAGCCACAAUGAGCAGUUGAUGUCAGUGAAUUAAUGUGAAUGGGCCAUUGAUUCUGAACAUGUAUUAGCAGCUUAAGGAGGAUUUAAAUGUCACUGUGUUUUUUCACAGUGGUUUCAAAUGUGCUCAGCUUGCCUAUCAGACCUGGGAAGCUGUUGCUUCAGAUUUUUUUCAGAAUGUAGCAAUCUAAAAGACAACUGUCUUGGUCUUGCUCUCCAUCUUAGCUAAAACUUUCAAAGAUCUCUCAGUGUGGACCAAGACCUAAGCUGUUUGCUCAUUUUACUUGAGAAGACUUUAUUUCCUGAUAAGUGUUUAAGAUCCUGUCUGGUCUCUUUCUUGGCAGUAUAGGAAAAUUAUUCAAUGGAAUUAAGAUAACACCUGAUUUACUUGCUUGUGUAUGAUAUUACAAAAUUUAGCCAAGGAGAACAUCCAAGGUGUUUUCCUUGAACAACACAGGAACACUUUUUUCAUAAAAAGUGUAUCUCACGUUUCACAAAAUCAGUUACAUAGCACAGGAAUUGUUACUCUAGCAUUUUAUUUAGAUAUUUUGUCACUGGUAUUUGGAACAGACUUCAAUUUUUAAAUAGUUUCUUUUAUUUUAAAGAGUUAUUGUUACAUAAAUAUGGAGGGUAUCACUUCCAGAUUUAAAAUUCAUCAUGACAAUAAUUGAGUCAAACCUGAAAGAACUCAACAUGCAAAUUGGAAAGGGAAGACUUAACAGAUUUGUUAUGUGAGUUCACACAGGAUUUGGCUCUUAACCAUGAGUUUAUUAAGAACAUAGGAGGAAAUAGACUAAUGACUGUCCAAAUCUACAGAUGCCACAAAACUUAAAUACUAAGGAGCCACUUAAUCAGAGCAAGAUUAAUUUCUUGGUUAGGAGCUGUAAGCAAUUUGCAUUUUACUCUGGCCUAAAGUAGACCUGUUUUUUUUGGAGAAUAGAGGUUUGAACAUACUUAGCAAGUUAAACUGUUUGUGGCAGGAAAUGCUGCUGACUUUGAAUGGUGUCUGGAAAUGAUGUGCAUUCUCAACUGAGUAUGAAUUUUCAGCAUGCCUUGUGGCCAAAAGGACCAGUGCCAGAAGGACAAGAGGUUAGAAAUGGGAAUACUGCCAGGGAAGAAAUACUGCUGUCUGUAAUUUGCUUUGGUGUAACCUUUUGGAAGAAUAUUAUGCCAAAUUUCAGUAGUCACAAUUUUUAGUAAUGCUGGGAAGCUGGACAGAAAAGAGUCAUGAGAGCAAUAAAAGUAUUAAAAAGAAGCACUAGCAUGAGAGUCUCAGAAACCAGAAAAUCUUAGUUUAGUGAAAAAAGAAUCAGCCUAGACAAACCAUUUUCAGAGAAAAAUUGAUAAUACAGAGCUGUUCCACCUAGCAGAGAAAGAGUGAUCCAGCAAGUCUAAGCAGAAGGACAUGUUGCAAAAAGAGAUAAAAUAUAUAACAGAACAGUAAAGGCAUCCCUAGUCUGGACAUAUUAGAUGAUUUCCUGAAAAAAUGUGAUUUGAUAGAAAGAGGACUAAUUCAGACAAGUCAGACCCAUGGUACACAAGAGGUCAAACCAAACAGUCACAAGUUGUGUUUGGCUGCCCCAGGAGUAACUUGCCUUUAACAAAAGUAUGAACAGCAUUUCACAGAGGUUUGAGAGAUAGAGAUUAUGAACUAAUUUCAGUUCUGCUGUGGUGUGAUCAGUACACAGUGCAAAAUAGGCUACUGGAUAUGUUUAGCCUUGUUCUUGCUGUCUCUAGAGAAUUGCAAAUGGACUACUAAUGCAUACCCUGACUUGACUCAUGGCUAUUAGGAUAUGGCUCAUUAGUUUUAAAUUUCAUUAUACAAUAUGCCUUAUGAUGGUUUGGGCUAUAUAUACUUUCAUUAUGAAAAUGAGGUGAAGAGCACAGGAGGAAAGUGUCUGUGUAAAUGUCAGCUUUAUUGAAUGUAGCUAAUUUUAUUUAUUUUCUCAAGGUUUUAAAAGUUGGAGAUCUUUUGAAAUUUAUUAGAUGCUUUUUGGCCACUUUUUUCUCGGCUUUUACGAGCAACUUGCAAUCCAGUGGCCAUUUUCAAUUCAUUUUCAUAAUAAGACUUAUAUGACAAAUGGAAAAAUCCAAUGGUUCCUUUUUAUAGUUAAACUAGAACUUAUAUAUACCAAUUAAAGCUUAGAGAAGGUAAAAUGUACUCAUAGGUUCUACUCUAGCAAUAUAUUUUGAUUUAAAUGUAUUUUUUCAUUAAACUAAUUCACUAAAUUAUAUCUAAAUAGAGCAGGCAUUUAGUGGAUUUGUUUUCUAAGUAUCUGUGGCAAUCUGGUUCUGUUUAAAAUGCUAAUAAAUGCAUUCCAUCUCCUAAUGAAACCAGUAGUCCCUGCAUAAUUAAUUAGCAUUUUAUACAGAUGAACCAUACUCACAGAAUUUUUCUACCAGAAAGGUUAAUAAAAGAAUUCAAUGCAGUUUUUAAACACCACAAGAGUGGCUUAUUUCUGCAAAACCAGUUUUUUACAAGUAAACAUUUUAGUGACAUUUACGUGGAACUGUUGUUUCAUACAGCUUUUAUCCACAAGGUGGCAUUCCUAACAGGAGUUUGAUAGACAUGGUCAUUUCUUGCAGUUUUGUAAGAGCUCUAAGUGUGAGGCGGUCAUAAGCAUAUUAUAUGAGCUUUUUAUGUUUUCAUUUUUAUAAAGGGUAAUUAAGAGAAAUUUAAGAAACCUUAAUGAUAAUUAGGUUAAUACUCAUUGGUGUGUGGAGUAUCCAGAAAUAUGUGAUGGUUCCAGGUUACAAAACAGCACAUUCAUUCAUGGCAUUAUAUGCUACUAGAGACUUUUCAACUGUAAAGCUGGAAUCAAUUUUGCUUUAGUGAAAGAGUCUAAAAUAAUAAUUUAAAAAUUAAUUAAAUCAAGAGCACACAUAAUACCAUGGUCUUGUACGCAAACCCUAGUGUUUGGUGUUUUGAACAGGAUGAGGCAUAUGGAGCUUGUAGUGAGGUCUGGGCUAAGGAAGGGCAGAUAAUAGUGUUCCUGGGGAAAAUGAACAUGUGAACAAUUAUGUCUUGCUCUGCAGGGGAGGAUUUUUCAUAGUUUAAUGUUACAAUGACCAAGCAACUUAUUUUCAUAUGCCUGUCAUCCAGGUUGAUAACUGAGCCAGCAGGCAGCUCUGCUUUCCUUCAGGCUUUAUAUUUCAGUUUCUUGCAGUCUUUAUAUGGUCAAUUCAAAUAUCGUGUUACUCUUUUUCUUUGAAUACAAGCAUGAAGGAAUGUUAUACAACCUGCUAAACUGAUACAAGUGCACGAGAUUUUAUAUAGCAGGGACGUGCAUAUUAUACUUUUCUGCCCCAUGGUUAAAGUCCUGAUCUACUUUGCUUUUUUGCUGAUUCUGUAAGAUCAGACCUUAGCUGAUCAUUUAUAUCUCACUUCUAGCUGGUGCCCUACUUGCAUUUUUGUUUGCAAAAGAAAAAAAGGUAUAACCUAAAGUUUCUGCUGAAACUGUAAUCCAAUGUAAAUUGUGGAAUUUUUUCUAAGCCUAUUUUGAGUCAACAGAAAGGAAUAUGAGUUAUUUGGUUUUUGAUUUAUUGUUUUGUGGUAGCAAAACUUCUGUGUAAUCUUUUCUAAUGUGUGUGUACGUUUCCUGCUAAUCCCUCUGCUCCAUGUGCUGACUCCCAGUGACACCUCAGACCUCUGGGUUUGGUUCCUCUCACUUAACACAGCUGAAAGGACAGAGCAGCAGCUGCACCACGGCUGACACUAAUGACAGUCUUUGCUGGGUUAGUGGGCACAGUUUUGACAUUAAGCAGAUAUUCUUUUUCCUAACAUUCUGCUGUACCUCUAUCAUCCUCAAAGAUGGCUCUGCAAAACAGAGUAUGAAUUCCUGUUCACUGAAAGCAGUUGUCAGUCAGAAAACCCCCACUUUCAGAAUGAUCAAGCUGGUAGAACCUACUUGCUGGUUGAAUCUGGCAAUAAGGACUGUAGAGACAAACCUUCUGAGUUGGUAGUAUCUUAUGCAGACUGCCAGUAAAAUUUGAGGGCCUGAACAUCUCCCACAUGCUGCAAAUUUUAAAGAAAUGUGGUGAAAAUUACUAUUUCCAGGAUCUGGAAAUGGACUGACAAAAAAAGUUAAUAUAUAAUAAUUAUGAAGUGUUAAUGAGGAAGUAAAUUAUAUAUUGUUGUUGCCUUUCAAGUUAAGCUACACACUGAAUUUUCUUUAUAGUAAUUAGGCAUAGCACUAGGUGAGUAAAUUAAAUAUAGGAAAAACAAAUAUACAAAAGAAAACCAAAUGGAAAGAAACAUUCUCUGCUCUGGUGGCUGCCAUGUGGAAAGGGUUUAUGGUCUGUAGAUAGAACUGUACACAGCUAUGCAAGGAAACAGGUUAGUCAAGGUAAUGGCAGGGCUCAGGGUCCCCAAAAAUGCUGUAAUGUGUCGGGUGUGAUGGACAUCACCAGGAGAAAUCAGUAGUCUGGAGCAUUGCUGAUGUUGCUUCUGGGACAUCUCAUGAUGUUGGAUCAGAUGGAUAUGUACUCCAACUCCCAGAAAUGGGGGAAAGAAAUUAGGCUGAAUUGUCCUUUUGCCUAAGAGUGUCUCAGUUACAUGAUAGCGACUGUAAGUUCACAUAAGCCAGCACUUGCAGGUAACACUGUCAGAAAAAACAAGCUGUACUGACUGCAGACAAAUAGUCCUGAUACUUCAUGAUGGAUCUGCAAAUUGCUUUGAUAGUACAAAGCACAUCAGGGGCUAAUUUGAUGCAGCUCAUUGUUUGCAAGAGGUGGAUUAUAAAUGUUUGGAAUUGCAUCUUAUGUAACUGCUGUUGGAUACGCAUACCUAUAAGUGUGAAGUGGGAAAGGAAAAUGUGAUACUGGGAACUGUAGCCACAAGUAUUAUCACUUUCCAUAUGUAACAAACUUAUGCCUAGGGCAAGGAAGCACAAUUACUGACAGAAGCUGUGUUUGCUCAUGCAGGUGAUUUUAUUGUUCUAAGUGAUUUAUUACUCUGGCUAACAUUUUUUGAUGAAAGAUUUUUCUGGAAUGAUUGUACUCCAAAGGAAAUUUGGUAUUGUUUACCUUCAACAGAUGACCAGGUCUGCCUAUUAAAAAUGUUAGAUUUAUCAAGUACCUUCAUGUGGGUUUUAAAUUGGUGGAAGACAAAGGGUCAAAGUUUGCUUCCCUAAGUUAGUCACAUAAUCUCUUUCAGUCUCUCCCUUUCACUUCCUCAGUCUCAAAAAUCUACAACUACACAUUUGAGAAACUUAUCAGAUACUUAAAUAUUUAAUGUACUUCCAAAUUGUAUUAUUUUACUUCAUCUGUUAUCAAAAAUAUAUGCUGGAUUCUCUGAAUUUAUAUUGGGUGCUAAUGAUACACUGAUGAUUUCUGAAAAUGGAAAAACUGUUCUUACUUCAUUUACAAAAGGUAAAAAUAUGUUACAUUUUCAAACUGUUAAAUCUAGCUUUUAAGUCCUGAUUCCAGGAAGUGUGCAGUACCUGAAUUGCAAACACCUUGUUCUUUGUGCUCCUAGGUCACUGAUGGUAAAGUUCGUAUUUCUUAUGCAUUUAUUACUGUGAAAAUAAAUAGUUAUAAGUCCAGGUCCCUUCCUUCUCAGAGGGAUCUGAGUGCAAAACAGAAUUAUUUACUGAGUUACUUUGGCCUGACACUAGAAUUACUUUUAGUAAAGACGAAUCAAACCUAAUACUCAGUCAACUCCUGUUCAAAAUGCAGAGUGAUGAAGCUGAGCCAGAAGACAUUGAGUGCAAAGUGAGCUUUUCAGCACUGUAUAGAGCCAGUAUAAAAGCUGGUUGAAAACUACUUCACAAACUAAGAUCUCCCAAUAUCAAAUUUUAACUCACUGCUGCAAUGCACAGCUGAUAGCUGAUGGUAGAAAUAUAAAUCACUUUUUAAAAAAUCUGUCCAAAAUAAAAUUUGCCUUCUGUGAGAACUUAGCUUAUUGUGCUAAGCCUCAGGGUGAAGAGUGGAUCUCCCACCCCCAUGGUGGUGGCUCUUCAGUCAGUUCAGGGGCAGCAGAAGGAAUCAUUUUCAUUUGUUUUUUUUUUGAGGUUUUUUUCCUCUUGUAUUAAUUGCACGAUCUGCUUCAUGAAUCAGCUUACAUUUAAAUGGAACAGCUUAAAAGUAAUUGUGCAGCUGAGAAACUGAUGAGUUAUUGUGCCUUAUGGCUACUGUGGCUGUGUGGGUGAGGACCAAGAAGACAAAAAUUGGUCUCUUUAACCUCCAGUGUCCCUUAACUCUCCUCCAGUGAGUUUCCUGUCACUUUAAUUUAAGAAGUAUUUUGAUGAGCUUAUGAAAGCAAUUCUAUGAUGCAUUUGUCUACAGUUCCCCAGAAACAAUUGCCCAAUCCUGUGUUCCUAAAUUCCCUACUGUACAUUGCCUUUCAUUUUUUCCUUUUUUGAUAGCUGUGUUAAAUUUUGUUAGGGCUGAUGCUGUGUGUAGAUCUGGUUUUAGAGGAUAGACAGAUGAAAUAAGCAACAUUUGAGUGUCAUUGAGACCACUUUAGUAAUUUUUUUUGUUUGCAAAGCAGAUGUCUCUGUUAUGCACUCAUAUUCUUCACUGUCACCUAUUAUCAUAAAUAUUAGCAUAACUGUUUUUUUAAUUCUGUAAGCCUUUUCAUGGGACAUUUUAAAAUCAGUCUUUGUAGGAUAAAUUUCUCUGUAUGUUACAACUCAAAAUACCAGAAUCUUAAAAAAAAUCUUGUAAUAAGCAUUUCAUAGUUAAUGUAAUUAAGUUCCUUUCAGCCUGGUACUUGGAAUGCAAAUCAAGAGUUUUAUUUCCCUUUUGGAAUCAGGUACCCUUUGAAAUGUUCAUGAUGAAAUUCUGUAAACUGUGUUGUCAUUCUGUGUUGUGACACUGUGUUGUUACUGCACUUCUUUCAGAAGAAUUUUAAAAACUGCCAUGAGUUCUGACUGUAAGGAAAAGUGUAUAUAUGCAACAAUUUUCAGGAAAGGACAACCAGAAGACAUGAUUUUGUUAUUAUAACUUUACUUAAGAGGAGAAGAGGUACAUAUGUAUGAGUAUGAGGAUUUUUGGUAAGUUUAUAUCUUUCUCAGAAAGCUUGAAAGUGGUGAUUUUUGCAAGAUUUCAAAUUAGGGGAUUAGGGGAUGCUGGUUUUUUCCCCUCCACCUUACUCCUACCCAAAUUCAUAAAUGAAUGAUACAAAAGUUUUAAAAUCAGACUUCACUAUGUAGAAAGUAAAAAAUGGGUGGAAAGAGCAGCAAAAAACAGAUCAAGUGAAUACUCAGAAGGUAGGCACAAUUCUGCUGAGUGUCUGCAAAUUGAAGCCUAAGAUUUAAAAUCUGACCCUUUAAACAGUUCCUUUAACCAUGACUAUGACUAAGGCUUCCUAGCCUUAAUAUCUUACUAUAAAAGUGGAGCUGUGGUUUUCUUGAGAGAUUUGUGUAAAAGCCUGCUGCAGUGAGGGUAGGUACCAGGGAGACAGCUUUUUGGAGGGGGGGUGGGGCUGAGAGGAGUGAUUCUACUUCUUGUCUGCCAAUAAUUCUGAGCUAAAAGACAAAGAAAGAAUUUAAAAUUUUAUUUAAACUUUUUAUUCAAAAAUGGUGUUUAACAUGGAAUGAGGAUUUAUGGUUUAGCAGUCUAUCUGAAGCUGUAUGAUUUUAUAUAUAUGCACAUAAUGUACAUGCCUAGAGGUUGCAUAUGUAUUUCAGUUUGUUGUGUGCAUGGCAUAUCAUGCUUGCUGGAUCAAUGUGAGCCAUCUUGACUGGUGCAUCUCAGAUAAUGUGUUGAAAGAGAUGUGCAUCCCUGUGAAGAAAGAGAUCCCUGUGGGUACCAGUCUGCUGCAUCAUCACAUCCAGAUGGGAUCUGUUGUCUUUCCUACUCAAAGCCACUUUGAAGUCACAGGGGGACCACACUACUUCCCUGAGCUGUGCUGUCAGGUUCAGGGCUUCUGCAGCCCAGGUCUCCAGCUGGCCUUGACCCUUGGCUGGUUGUGUGAAGCUUCGUUGCCUGACCUUGGUUCACUGUCAUUGAGGAAGAUGUCACUGAGCUCUGAGAGUCUGUAAACUGAAACUGUGCAAGAUAAGAAGAGUAAAAACAAGCAGAACUGAGUGUGCUGAGCUGGUAACUGUCUUGGGGACUGGGGACAAAUACUGACAUGGAAUCUAAAAAUCUAAAGGAGAAAGCAAAGGCUUAGAAAAUGGCAUCUCUGCAACUGUGAGGACUUGCACUGAUUUACUGGGGUAUUUUGACACGAAUUAAAGACAUUUCUUAUUAAGUAUAAAGUGUGCAACACCAAUAAAAGACAAGAGAAACGA